AUGUAUUACCGGCUACCAUGGCUUUGCUUAGGUGAUUUCAACGAAAUACUAAAUCACUGGGAGAAAGAGGGUAAGUACAGGGCAGAAAAUUACAGACUAACAGCUUUCAGAGAUUUUGUUAAUCAGUGCUCCCUCAUGGACCUGGAUUGCAAGGGAUGCUCGUUCACCUGGUCAAAUAGACGUGAGGGAGAGAACCUGGUUAAAGAGAGACUUGAUAGGGCUUUAUGCUCACACCAAUGUAGAAUUACUUACCCUGAGGCAGACUGCACUGCACUCCCAGCAAUAGGCUCAGAUCACAGUCCUAUCCUGCUAACUCUGGAUCAACCAAAGAGAAGAAAACGAAAGCAAUUCAGAUAUGAAGCUUACUGGUCUGAUGAAGCAGAAAGUAAAAGCAUUGUUACAGAUACCUGGAAUGACCCUGCUGCACAAAAUCUUAACCUGGUGGAGAAAUUGCAGCAAGUACAACAGAAGUUAUUGCAGUGGAGCAAGAGCAAAUUCGGCCAUGCAAAGAAGAGAAUCACCCUGCUCAAAGAAGUUCUCUAG